AGAUUACAUGCUCCUGCGUUGAAUUUGACGACCGGUUCUGUUCUAAAUCCGUACAAAAACUUGCCGGUCAAUAUUAUCUUCCAUUUUGCCAUCUCACUCAUCCAUCCAAAGCGUAAAAACCUCACCAUUAUAUUCUCCAACCCCAACAAAUCCCAGCUUUUCUUUCACACCCCAAAAACACUCCUUUUCUCUCUGGGCUCACUUGUUCACCUACCAUAAAAAAAAAUCAGAUCAACCCUACCCUACACUGCUGUCAGGCUCUAGAAGAGAAGAGGAAUCCCACACUACUGUUUUCUCUUUUAUUUUUAUGAAGAUUUUGGUGUUUCGAUUUUGAGUUAUGGAGAGGAAGGAAGCUGUCAAGGUUGAGAAUUUUGUUGGAUCUUCAACAUUUAGUUCUACUACUGAUCAUGUUCAAACUAGUUAUCCAUUUAUGCAGGGUUUUGACUUUGUUGAUGAUAAGAGCUCUUUAGGGUUUAUGGAGCUACUGGGUGUGCAAGACUUUAGUCCUUCUUUGCUUGAUAUGAUACAGGUACAAAUACCAUCCGUGCAGACUCCGAGUGCUCAAGUGGCUACAGAGGUGGUGGAUUCACCACCAGAGGUGUUGAAUCAGCCCGCUACACCCAACUCUUCAUCUAUUUCAUCGGCUUCUAGUGAGGGUUUGAAUGAUGAACCUGCUAAUAAGGGUGUUGAUAAUGAGGUAGAGGAGCAAGGAAAGACCAAGAAAGAGUUGAAACCAAAGAAGACAAAUCAGAAGAGACAGAGAGAGCCGAGAUUCGCAUUCAUGACAAAGAGCGAGGUUGAUCAUCUGGAAGAUGGGUACAGAUGGAGAAAGUACGGCCAAAAGGCUGUGAAAAACAGCCCCUUUCCUAGGAGUUACUAUCGUUGCACCACUGCCUCAUGUAAUGUCAAGAAGAGAGUCGAGAGGUCUUUCAGUGAUCCAAGCGUAGUUGUGACCACCUAUGAAGGUCAACACACCCAUCCUAGCCCAGUUAUGCCACGUCCAAACUUUACUGGAUCCACAUCUGAUUCUGGUUUCUCUUCCACUGCUGCCUUUGCCAUGCCAAUGCAAAGGACACUCUCUCUUUACCAACAACAUCAAAGUCAACAACAACCGCCUUUCCCUCUUGUCAGCUUGUCGCCUUUGGGUUUUGGUUACAAUGGAAGUGCUACAAAUGCUGCUAGUUAUCUACAAUAUGAGAAGCGCUUUUACACCAGCCCAGGAUCUGCUUUACUUAAGGAUCACGGGCUUCUUCAAGAUCUCGUCCCCUCCCAUAUGCUGAAGGAAGAGUAGAGGAGGAAAUAUGUCACUGCUUUGUAGUUUUCCUAACUGACCUUUCUAAAGAAGGUGUAGAUGAAAAGCCCCUUUUACUGAUAUGGUUUCAUGGUGUGGAAUUUCUUGCUGACUGCGUUGCGGCCGUGAUUUCUCUUGCAGUUGCACAAGAACUCUUAACACUUCAUCUACUACGGGUUUUUAGCCAUCAUUCUCAGGACUAGCUUCUUACUGGCUUGGACCAGUUCUCUAGCCCCCCCUUUUUGUUUUUGGGUUUUCCCAUACUUCUCUGUUUUAUUUUCCUUUUCUCCCUUAGGUUGUAUGUAGAGAUAGAAGACCAUGUGGAGUAAACUAUGUAAGCUAGUAGGAGUCUACAGUCUACUUCUCCUUCAAUGCUUUUACCCUCUCGUUUGUCUUUUA